CUGCGGGCGACUCUUCAGUCACGUGGCCCUCACUUACCGGAGGAGAAGGAGAAGUAGUAGUAGGUGUCGGGCGGGGGGGACGCACUUUCCGGUUUUUUGCCAGUCAUUCAGAGAGAGCUUGGCGGCUCCGGCGGAGGGAGGCACCGAUAUGGACAGCCAAGGCAGGAAGGUGGUGGUGUGCGACAACGGAACAGGGUUUGUGAAAUGUGGCUACGCGGGCUCCAACUUCCCAGAGCACAUAUUCCCAGCUCUGGUCGGGCGACCUGUUAUCCGUUCUACUGCCAAAGUGGGAAACAUAGAGAUCAAGGACCUCAUGGUUGGCGAUGAAGCCAGUGAGCUGCGUUCAAUGCUGGAAGUGAAUUAUCCCAUGGAAAAUGGCAUCGUGAGGAACUGGGAUGACAUGAAGCACUUGUGGGACUACACGUUUGGACCUGAGAAACUGAACAUAGACACCAGAGACUGUAAAAUCCUUUUAACUGAGCCUCCAAUGAACCCAACCAAAAAUCGGGAGAAGAUUGUCGAGGUAAUGUUUGAGACGUACCAGUUUUCAGGUGUUUACGUUGCUAUCCAGGCCGUUCUUACACUGUAUGCACAAGGUUUGUUGACUGGUGUUGUGGUGGAUUCUGGUGAUGGCGUCACCCAUAUUUGCCCAGUAUAUGAAGGCUUCUCUCUGCCUCACCUCACCAGGAGACUGGAUAUUGCCGGCAGGGAUAUUACCCGCUACCUGAUCAAGUUGCUGCUUCUGCGUGGAUACGCCUUCAAUCACUCUGCGGAUUUUGAGACUGUCCGCAUGAUCAAGGAGAAGCUCUGCUAUGUUGGAUACAAUAUAGAGCAAGAGCAGAAACUGGCAUUAGAGACCACAGUGCUGGUGGAGUCCUACACACUUCCAGACGGCAGGGUUAUUAAAGUAGGUGGAGAACGCUUUGAAGCCCCCGAAGCGCUGUUCCAGCCUCAUCUUAUCAACGUAGAAGGUGUUGGCGUCGCUGAGUUGCUGUUCAACACCAUCCAGGCAGCUGAUAUCGAUACUCGGCCAGAGUUCUACAAGCACAUUGUGCUGUCGGGGGGCUCCACCAUGUACCCCGGUCUGCCGUCUCGCCUGGAGAGAGAACUUAAACAGCUCUACUUAGAAAGGGUCCUAAAGGGAGACGUUGAGAAAUUAUCGAAAUUCAAGAUUCGCAUUGAAGACCCUCCUCGCCGUAAGCACAUGGUAUUCCUGGGGGGCGCAGUGUUAGCAGAUAUCAUGAAAGACAAAGACAACUUCUGGAUGACCCGGCAGGAGUACCAGGAGAAGGGCGUGCGUGUGCUAGAGAAGCUCGGUGUGACUGUCCGAUAAGCCCCCCCUGCUUGUUCUGUUGCUUCCCUAAAGCUUUCCUUAUAUUUCCUUUAUUGCCAAUCUUUGAACUCGUUCAGCUAUGUGACUUGAAAAAGCCUAUUGACGUUAGGGGUGGGGGCGUUCAUUUAUUUUUUUGUCCUGUUUCCCUGGGAGGGGGGGGGGGGGGGGCGCUUUGUAUCAUGUUUGUUAAUGUGGCCAAGUUUGACUAUUUAAUUUGCCCACACAAAGCUCUAGCUACGAGACCUAUCUGCUGCCAUGUCUGUCCCCAUGGGCAUUUGGCUCAUCAGUACAGUAGGCUUAUUUCCCCCUCCGCAUAGUAUUCGGCUUUAAAGCUGCUCUUUCUCUGCUGAUCUCUGGGUGAUUUGGCUUUUACUACCAUACAGACUCCUCAUGGCACUGCUUCCUAGCUCGCUCUGCGCCACACACUGCCCGGGUCUCCAGCAAUACCGUGAUCUUUUUACUGCAGCGGGCCCCCCCCCUCCCUCUGGCCGGGGUUCCCUAUGAUGACUUGCUCUAGCAUUGUUUAUUUUGUUUUUAUUUUCUAAUUUUUAAGUUUGGAAAUAUGGUACAUUUCCACCUAUUCUAUACUGUAACCCGGAUGCGGCCUCCCCCCAGCCCCCCUUUACUCUGUGGCCUAAACAAGAAAGCACUUGUCCAGGUGAUGAGGUCAGAGGACGACGAAAUUCUUAAUAAUCAUUCCCAGAAACAGUUACAAAUGUGUACGUGAUAAUUUCUAAAUAUACAGAACUGUAUCUAUAAAAGAACAAAAAAAAUCUUGUGUUUUUUUUUUUUGUUUUGUUUUUUUCCUAUUAUAAUUUUGUUUGCUUUGGUCUCUUUCUUAAGAAGCACAGAGAUAAAAAAA